AGUUCCUAAAUUAACAGCACGCCUUGUCACUCCGCCGAAAAGCCAUCGCAGUUCCUAAUACCCUCACACCGUACCUGGGUACAUCAACGUCGCACAUCCUUCACCAUGGCUGCACCCGCAAGCAAGAACAUCGGAGACCUCACUGGCAAGUGGGUCAUGAACAAAGCCCAGUCCAGCAACGUAGAGCCCGGCCUCGCGCUGCAGGGGAUCGGCUGGGUGACGCGGAAGGCGGUGACGAUGGCGACGGUGACGCUGCACGUCAAGCAGUUCGUGGCGCCGCCCUCGCCGCCGGCCGACCCGGCCAGCCCCGCCGUGACGCACAUCGAGAUCGAGCAGACGGGCACGGGCGGCUUCAAGGGGACGACCGAGAAGCGCUGCCUGGACUACACGUUCCGCGAGCACUCGGACUGGCUCUUCGGGCACGUCAAGGGCCAGACCAAGUUCGUGGCCGCCGAGGAGGUGCAGGAUGAGUUCCUGAAGAGUGGCUGGCUCGAGGGCGACGACGAGAAGGGCGGCCCCAACGGCGAGACCCACGUGCUCAGCUACGUCGAGAGCCUGGACAACGGCUGGACCGCGACCCAGAUCUGGGGGUUCAAGAUCAUCGAGGGCGUGCGCAAGUACUGUAGGAACGUGGUCAUCGCCAAGGGCGGAGAGCGGGUCGAGCUGCAGCUGGUUUACGACUACCAGGAGUGAAAUCAAUAUAGCUAGUACGGAGUCUGGCGUGGGGCCAGGACGGUGCAUCGCGGAUUCGUUGUAGCAUUACGCAGGAUGGGAUCAAUCGCCCGAUGUUCGACCGGAGCGGGGCUUGCGGCGAAAGGGAUACCUUAUGGGACGUGCAAGGUGCCAGGCGCCUUAUCUACCUAGACGGGGUGUAUACCUUGGGAGUCAUUGUGCAGCAGUCUUAAGUGACGGACGUUGGGCUGCUCAUGUUGAUGCGGAUCUCGCAUUAUACCUAAAUAAACAGCACGGACUAAUACUGUUACGCUGAACCGCAACCGUGAUCUGUAUCAUU